ACACAUCAAGAGGAAGUUGAUGAGCGUUCUCGCAUUUCCGUAGCUCAGUCGGCAGGUUCAACAGAGACCAGUCCGAUUUUGCUUCACCUGCGCUGGCUAACAAGGCGCUACUUUAGGUGCUUGGAUCUGGAGGUACAUGGAAGAUUUUUUACCAGUACUAGCAAAAAGAUUGGGAAUUUGAAACCUGGCUAAGCUACGCUGCAGAAUUUGAAAUCAUGUUUUGAGAGCUACUUCCUGGUUCAAUUACAAUCUUGGUGCUACUUGGUGCUAUGAGAAACAACUGGUGAAGAACUGCAGACUUGGAGAUAUUUUUGUCCUGACAGUUCGACAUCGUUUUUGAUGUUUUUCUCAAGAAUUUUGCAAACUUUGUGAGAUGAACAAAAAAUAGCAAAUGAUUUAAAACUUGAACAUCAACAAAAAGCCUAAAAGGUGCUAUUUUUAAAGACGUUUUUGGAAGAACUCGAUGAGCUGUGCAUGAAGAAAUUAUUUUUUCAUACACGUUUUGCGAUUAAAUUGGCAUUUUUGUGGUUAAAAGAAAAUCGCUUAAGACAUUGAACUGGAUGCUAACGGUGAGCAACAAAUCUCUAAGCAUUGAGGACAUGGACAGCAGCUUCUCAGCAUCAGAAGUUGUCUACUGAAGAUAUUUUUGGAGACGUAUUUCCUGGUUACUUCCUGGUCCAGUUUUGGUUGGACCCAAUGACUGUGAACUCGGUGCUAACCCCCUCGAUGAGCAGCAGUAACAGCAUGAGCAGCGGCUACUGCAGUUUGGACGAUGAGAGCGAAGACUUUACCUUCUUCACGGCCAAAACCUCCUUCUUCCGAAAACCGAAACAUGCACCCAAGGCUGAAACGAAAGAGGAAGAGGAAGGAGGAACCAAGGACCUGUCACAGGAGGAGGUGCGGCAGAGGAUAGAAGAGUACAACUCACAUGUGUCCGAGACUGGGAUGAAACUGUCUCCAGACGGCUCCUACAGCGGUUUCAUCAAAGUCCACUUGAGGCUGAGUCGACCCGUCACCGUCCAGGAUCGGCCCGCCCCCGAUGGACAGACGGCCAAUCAGAACGCUCGGCUCUGCUCUGACGGAAACACAGAGUCGUCUCCUUGUCCGGGGACGGAGAAGCGGACUUCGUUCUACCUGCCGUGUGACUGCGUUAAACAGCUCCACAUCAGCUCCCUCCACACCACACGAGAGGUCAUCCAGGGACUGCUCAAGAUGCUCACCGUCCUGGACAACCCGUGCAAGUUCGCCCUCUACAGGCAGACGCACAGAGACGGGCAAGAUCUAUUCCAGAAGCUGGCUCUGUGGGAGCGCCCCCUGCUGUUGAGGCUGAUCGCGGGUCCAGACACAGAGACACUCAGCUUUGUCCUGAAGGAGAACGAGACCGGAGAGGUGGAGUGGCACGCCUUCUCUGUCCCCGAGCUCCAAAACUUUCUGGGAAUUCUGGAAAAGGAAGAGUCGGAGCGCGUGCGGGUCGUGGAGCAGAAAUACGCCGUUUACCGAAAGAAACUACAGGAGGCGCUACAACGGCACGAGGCCCACUGACCCCUGCCCCUUCACCCUUUGACCUUACGACCUCUCGAACCCAGGGAACGCAGCGACCAAUGGCAUCGCUCCUCUCUUUACCCACUGGUUCUAUUCUGAGCGACACUUUUCUCAGGCCCUGUUUGAACCAUAUUUUAAAUCACACUGCGAAAAUGAAAACGUACAUUUGUUAAAUCAUUUGAAUUCAGCAUAUUAGCUUUUUAAAAAUUUAAUAUUAUAUUUAAUUACAUUUUUUAUUCAAAUUUUAAUUUGUGACUGUCAUAAAUACAUUCAUCUCUUGUUUAAACCCUAUUUUUUUAUGGAAUAAGAAAAUUGCACCUGCCACCUGCUUGUUAUAUUAUUGUGCUGAAUGUUCCACAGUAUGGCAUUAUCUGUCAUUGCUUAAUUUUUUCAAUUACAGGUAAAAAAAAAUAAAAAUAAAUAAAAAUUGACAAUUGAAACAUUUUUUUAAUUGAAAAAAUUUAAGUUAGACUGUCUCCUAGAUCUGACCCGCUAUUUGCCAUCGGCUUGUCUUCUUAUAGAUAUGUUUAAUGCCAUACUGCGGAACAUUCCUGACUAGGGUUGUCAAAAGUAUCGAAAAUCAGAUACUAGAUACUCAUUUGAGCAAGUAUCGAUACUAAAAAAGUCACAUCAACAGGACAGAAAUGAAGUACAGUUGUCCCUCGUUUAUCGCGGGGGUUGUUUUCUAAAAAUAACCCGAAAUAUACGAAAUCCGCGAAAUAGUCAGCUUUAUUUUUUAAUUAUCAUCACCGUAUCUGAAUUGGUAUCGAGUAUCAAGUCUAUUCCUUAGUAUCGAAAACUGAUUUUAGUAUUAUGACAACACUAUUCCAGGCAAUAGCAAUAGGAAAUAGCAUCUCCGUGGAAACAAGCGAGUGGCAAAUGAUCCUCAUAUCGGAAAAUCUAAACUCAAAAUUGCUCUAAGACUAUAUUCUGCAUUCAGGUUUCUUAACAAAUGUAAAGAUGAGAUUUUUGCAGUGUCCCUCCAUGAACAGACUGGGAUAGGAUGGAAAAAAAGGAAGAGGAGGAGCUGGGAUCUUUGUGUAAAUGGACCCGUACAAUCUGGACUUGUAAAAUGGCGUCGUCACGGAGCUGGUUUCUUCUGCUGUUUUUGCCGCUGCUGCUACUGCAAAGUGUUACUUACUGUAUGCAUAGUGCUAUUAGAGAGAAGCAUGGUUAACUUUUGCAACGUUUUGGGACCGAAGGACAAUCAUUUUUUUCAUAUUCACAUCACAUGAGUUCAGUAGAAAUGAGUCAUGCAAAGGGUGAGGUUUAUAUGUGUUAUCAGAGGGCUGUUUCGUAAAAGUAGGUCUGUAAAAGUGUAAAUAAACUAAACUGUGCUUUAUUUAAACCGACGUCAGCUCAGAAUACCCAUCUUGGUUUGAGUAGUUAUUACGGGAUUUCGGAUUUAUAUUAUUUUAUUCAAUUUUUGCUAAAACGUCACUCAAAGACAUUCAUAUUCCAGAGAUAUUUUAAGAUUAGAGAGCUACUUUUACUCUACGAAGCGGUUAGCAGUCACAAGAAAUAGGCACGGCAGCACGCUAGCUAGCUCACUGUUAGUAAAAUCAGAAAACAUAAAAGAAACAACCUAUUAAAAUUCUAAUUAAUUAAAACAAAGACUAACUAGUUAUGUUAAAAUGUAGAAUACUUCAGUUUGUGGUGUUGUUUAAUACUUAUUAUGUCUCAAAAUUAGCAUUAGCGUUAGCAUCGAGAAACAAACGUCCCUCUUCUUCACUUCUCCGGUUAAGUAUUCAUUUUAUUUGUGUAGUUUUAAUAUGUUGACAGUGACAUUCAUGCGCAGCUCCCUGUCCACUGCCUCAUCGGUAAAUAUUUUUUCGUAAUUUAGCGUAAUUCGGUAUAAAAAUCAGAGAUAAAAUUGCACAGGAAGUAGUGACGCUAACAGUGAGGUUGCUUUUGUGCACAGAGCCUGUUGAGUCGAAGUAACAGCAUAGAUAAGCCCUGGAUAAAGUACAGUUACACAUAGAAAACUCUGCACCUAAAGAACACAUUUAUAAUAGUAGGUUUGUGUGAAAUUAGUUAGAUUUUUAGUGUUAUGCUACUGCUAAGUCCAUUGCGUAGCUACUUGGAAUGGGGUGGAAAGCUCACAGAAACCACUGACCUACAAGAUUCUUAAGCCUUUUCUAAUAAUUUGGCUUAAAGUAUGAAAAAAAGAGAAAUAUUUGAAAACACGCCUAACAAUCUGUAAACUAACAAACUUUAAAACUACUCAAAAAACGACUUUGAGUUCUGUUUUUGCACUAAGUAUAGUUACAUUACAUUUUACAGAUGGGGUAAAUAAAUUGACCAAAAGCACUUGGUAUUUGUGCCACUAUAGUUGAGCCACCGAGGCGCCCCCUGUCGGUGUUUUAUGGAAUAGCCCUCAGUCCAUAAUGCUUCAUAUUAAAUGAUAUAAGAAGAAUUGUACUUUUUAUUUUUCUCAGGGAACAACAUGAAAGAGGAAAGAGGUUUCUCUUCCACUGUUCUCAUUCACAAAUUAGCUUUUUUUUCCUUUGCUUUUCAAAAUAAGAGAGAUGUUUAAAAUAUUCAGGCUCCCAGGCAUGCGAUAGUAACUGCAAUUUUUAUAGGAAAACAUUAUUAUUUCUGUUACGUCGCAUGCAUUUCAAAAUAAAAUCAAAUUGAACACUUUACAUGAACUGUAACCACGAGAAGGCAGGUUUGAAUGUUAAGGGAUUUUGCACCAAAGUUUAGAGGGAUCACUGGACACUUUAUCAGGCACACGAGGUUAGAACUAGUGUUGAAACUGCUACCACCACAGAGUCUUGGUUUGAUCCUGGAUUUAUCCUCAUUUAGUUCAGAUUUAGUCCAGGUUUAGUCUGGGUUUAGGCCCUGGUUAAUUUUUGGUUAAAUUAUGGUGCAGUCCUAGUUUAGCCUGGGUUUAGUCUUGGUUUAAUCCAGGUUAGUUCGGGUUUAGUUCGGGUUUAGUCUGGGUUUAGUCUGGGUUUAGUCUAGGUUUAAUCCAGGUUUAGUUUGGGUUUAGCCUGGGUUUAGUCUGGGUUUAGUCUAGGUUUAAUCCAGGUUAGUUCGGGUUUAGUCUAGGUUUAAUCCAGGUUUAGUUUGGGUUUAGCCAGGGUUUAGUCCAGGUUUAGUCUAGGAUUAAUCCAGGUUUAGUUUGGGUUUAGCCUGGGUUUAGUCUAGGUUUAAUCCAGGUUUAGUUCGGGUUUAGCCUGGGUUUAGUCUAGGUUUAGUCUGGAUCUAGGCCAUGGUUAAUUCUUGGUUAAGUUAUGGUUCAGUCCUAGUUUAGUUUAGUCCGGGUUUAGUCUGAGUUUAGUUCGGGUUCAGUCCUAGUUGAGUUUAAUCCUGGUUUAGUUGUGGACUUGUUUCGUUCUGGUUUAGACCUGGUUAGUCCUGAUUUAUUCUUGGUUAAAUUAUGGUUAAGCGCUAGUUAAGUUUUAAUACUGGUUCAGGCCUAGUUCAAUCCUGGUUCAGUCCUAGUUUAGUCCUGGUUUAGUCCUGGUUCAGUCCUGGUUCAGUCCUGGUUUAGUCUGAAUCAAAUAAGGCUGCCGUGGAUUAUCAGUUCUAUGGAAAACUGGUGGUGGAUUCCUUCAUGGAUUUAAGAUGUGCCUGAUAAAAUGCCCAUUGAGUUUAUAUUACGGAGGUUAUGAAAAGUCUAAAGAUCGUAUAUAUAAAGACGUGUUGUUCUGGUUUAUAUUUGCACAGUUGCGGCACAACAGAUUUCUUAGUUAUUUCUUUUUAAAAAAUCUGCGACUCACCAAUGAGUUUGUGUCUUAAGUAAAAUAGAUCUGCCCCUUAUGGUUGAGCUGAGUCCUGCUUUACCCCCAUAACGCACAUAUGUCACGGUUUAUAAUUGCCCUCGAUUCGGCUCCUCGUUUAUGGUUUAUGCAGGAGUUGAACUAUAAAUUUGAGUUUGUGUGGCCCUGAAAAAUGGCAUGACAGUUUUUCACAUCGACUUCGGCUCAAAUUGUUCCACAUUUUUACUAUAGUAACUAAAUAAUACUCAAAAUGUUUAACGUCAUGGUAAUGUCAGUGAGAAUCAGGACAAAUUAUUUUAGCUGUUCUCAUUUGAGAGCUGAAAGUUUGAAUCUGAUUAUUUGAUUUUUUAAUUUAUGGUUUGGUCUAAAAUAAUACCUUUCUUUUCUAUGGAUAAUUUCAUAUUCUAUUCUCCUUCUGACCCUGAACGUCACGCUCACUUAGUCCACUUUUUUAUACAGUCUAUGGUCUUAAAUACACAGAGAAUUUAAAAAAUAUCUAAACCAUACUUGUGUCCUUGGAAUUGUAAAAAAAUAAAAAAAUAAAUAAAAAGUGUAAUGGAGCACGCUUUAGUAUGAGGGAAAUGAUAUUUUAAGUGCACUGUGUAACUUUUUGACCUAGGCUGGUUUCCUAUAUAACGUUUUGUCUCCAUGGCGAUGUUAUUCCUUUGCCUGCUUUCACUGCUCAAAAACACCUCACCUCUCCACAGAUCUGACCCAUGACUUACACUGGUUAAGUUAAGUGCGAUGCUGUGGAACAUUCUAGGCAAAGCGAUAACAUCUACACGGAGACAAGCAAGCGGCAGACCCUUUACGGUAAAAAAUCCCACCAUGCAGCUUUAACGUUUGAGUCAAAGUCUAUGAGAAAUCCCUGUUUAGAAUAGUUGAUACUGUCUGUGUAGUCCAUAAGCACAUGUCCCAUGUCCCACGUCCCAUGUCCCACGUCCCACGGCUGUUCCUGCUGCAGUGCCUUGUUUUCUGAGCCCUGUGUUUCCGACUGGACCCUGUGUAUCUGCUGUUUGGGGUUUUAUUUUUGUUUUAUUUAUUUCGUCCUGAUUGGUCCUCUGUGUCGUCACGGCGAGGAUGUGGACAAACGCACGUAUUUAUUUAUUCCUGUCCUCCUUCCGUGUGGGACAAAAGGACACGGAGGUCUGUGCUUUUAUUUUGAAAGAGUUGUGUAAAAUAUACGACGUGUACAGAGAAUUGAGCUGAAAUAAAAUGUCAUCCCUUUA